GUCUCGGCCAAUCCAAUCCCAUCCGCUGGGCAAAAAUCUCUCGGCCUCUCGGAUUCGGUCUCUUUUGGUUCAGUUGUGCAGCGAACUUCCGUGAAAUCGGUUGUUGUUUUGGCUACGUUCUCUCUGCGGUUUGCGCGCGUAAAAUCUGUCGCUCUCUUGUUUCGCCUCUCUCCCCCACUCUCUAUCUGCCGCCUACGAUUUGUGGGAAAAUUCUACCUAAGCAGCGGUACAGCAACAACAACGGCGAAGCAGCAAAGACAAAUACAAAUACAACAACAAACAACAGGAGGAGAGCAGCACUGCGUAGAGAACAACGAAAGAGCGAGAACCGGAACGGAUUCAACGCCAACGGCAUGCAAAGCGUGUGAAUGCAGAAAAGAUGAUGGAAGCAUUGGAUCAGCAACAAGCCAAGCUAACGUCCAACCGAGAUGAUGGAGAUGCGGGAUCGGGAGCGGGAUCGGAAGUGGGAGCCGGAACGGCAGGAGGAGCUGCCGGCGAGGAAGACGACUUCGAGGAGCCUCAUCAUGCGAUGGGCCUGGCGGAGGAGGAGGAAAGCGAGAACAACAACGCCCGGGAGGAGAAGGGCGAGGGAAAGCGGAAAAAGAGCGGCGAUGACGUGAUAGACUUAACCCUGGCAAAUGGCCAGGACUGCAGAGAUGCGCCAGAGGAGAAAGAAGAGGCAGAGCUGGCAGAGGAAUCUCCCUUGGAUGAGGAGAGAGAGGAUACAUCAGAGGAACCAGCAUCUCUCUUGGUUCCAGCAGCAGAAGAUCUUGUGAAGCAAGAGAUGUGCGAAGAUAACUUAGAGGACCUCCAAGAACCCCCCAGAAUUCCACUCGAAGGAGAGUUCUUAGACGGCAUCAAACUGAAGACCGAAGUGGAGGAAAGAGCCGAUUCCAUAAGUGAUAACCAAAUGGAGUUCUUGUCCGAUGCAGAAGAGCAGCCUGUGGAGUCUCCAGGGGCACCUAUUCCGGAACCAGAGAGCGAGGAAGUGGAGGAGAAAUAUUUCCCAUCUGCCAAUGAAGAUUCCAACAGCCAGGAGGAGGAAAAAGUGUUUACCCCGCCUGUUAUUGACCUGGAAACGGACUCGGAAUGCGGCGAAAAAGAGUUCUUAUCCAUCAAAGAUCCCAACAGUCCUGUUUUGGAGAAUGAAGAACUUAAAGAAGAGUCGCAGGGCUCUAUAGAUCUUUACAAAGAUGCUAUUGGUGAGGAGGUUUCCAAUGCAGAAGCAGAAACGGAUAAGGCGCCAUCACCUCCUCCUGCCGACGAAUCUCUUUUAGAGGGAUCCGAUACAGUGGAUGCUCCUUCGCUGACCAUGGAUGUGGAUCUUCCAAGCAGCGAGGACGGAGAAGCUCCGCCUGAUGUCAUUAAAAUAGAGUCGGAUUCGGAAGAUGAAGUUCACACUGAUGGUUUGAAGAUGAAGGAACCCAUAGUGGAGGUUGUUCCGCUGAUCAAACUGAAUGGGGCUCACCAAGCGUUGAAGGAAGAGCAACAGGAGGAGGAGGCGAAGCAGGAGGAGGAGCAAGUGGAGCCCAAGCAACUGUCUGUGAUAACAAACCACAUUGGCAACAACAACACACAAGUGGAGCCGCCGCUUUCCCUGAUCCUACCCGUUCGCGCCAGCCGUAGCAGGAGCACCAGCAGCAGGAGCAGCACCGUCAGCUCCGCCUCGCAGCCCCAGCUGGUCAUCGAUCAUCCGGAGAGCAGCGAGCACAAUAAUGCCAGGGUCCAGACGCUGAAGCUUUCCCUGAAGCGCAGGCGCAGCAAAAGUUCCUCCGUCAGCCAACCCGAGAAGCAGACAAAGGCGGACUCCGUCUCCUCGCUGCUCCUGCAACGCCUCCAGGGCCCACCAGUUGCGCCUGCGGAGAGCCAAGUCCUCAGUUGUGCCAAGUGCAAUCUACAGUUCGAGUUCGAAGGCUUCCAGCAGCUGAACGAGCACCAGGCCCAGUGCAACGGCAUCAGGAGCAGUUCGCAGCAGCUGCUGCAGAAGAAGGAGCGCUUCUUCCGCUGCGCCCAGUGCAGCAGCGUCCACCAGUGCUGGCACUUUUUCCUCCACAUGCGGGAAGUACACCAGCGAUACAUCUGUCUCUACUGCAACCACGUGUAUCCCAGUGUGGAGAAGCUGUCGCUGCAUCUGGAGAACAAGCACGACAUCGACCAGAGUCACUUUGCCAAGGAUGCGUGGGCACUGCAGCAGAAGACGGAGGACAGGGCGAGGCAUCUCGUCUGCUGCACCUGCCAGGCCACCUUUGUGCAGGGCUCCGAGUUCGAGGAUCACGAUUGCGCCCAGCUGAUGCAGCCGUGUGCUUUGUGCGGUCAAAAGGGUUGCCAUGCCAUGGGCUGUAAGAAUAAUAAGAGGAAACCGCUAAGAAGGCGGAGAAAGGUGCGAAGGCAGCCGGAACAGCCUCUGCCUCCGCCUCUGCAGCAGGUGGUUGAACAGCCCCCUGCGCCUACAGAGGUAAUACCGGAGCAACAGCAACAGUUACUCAUGUUGCCACUGCAACCGGAGCUUCAGAACCUUUUCCCAGCUGAAAACAUUCCAGAGCCCGUCGAGGAUCCUCCAGCGCCGCCCAUUCCCAAGUUGGUUGUGCCCAAGAUAAUGCUGCGCGUGCCCAAAGAGUUUCAGAAGUCUGUGGAUGCAGCUCUAAGCAGCACCGAUACGGAGGACGAGGAGCAGGAUACUACGCAAGCGGUGGAGGAAGCUGCGCCUGCACCAGCCGAGGAUUUGCCCUUCGAGGAGGCACCACUUCUUCCACCAUCGAUUCCCAGCUUUGAUGACUCGACUUCGGCCAAGCUGAAUCGCGUUCUGGCGGAAUUGGAGCGCACCAAGCUGGACAUUGAGCGAACCAAGGCGGAUAUAAUCACCAAAAAGCAGUCUAAAAUUAUCAUGGCCCAUGCGCAGGUAGAAAAUGUUGCGCCACAGGUGGCGGAUCCUCCACAGCCGCAGCAGGAGGAGCAGCGUCGUUGGUCACUCACGCCGCCUGCGUCGCCGCACAACAAUCACGUCAAUCUGCCCGAACCUCCGCCAGCUGUGAUCACUGAAUUCCAAGAUCAACCCGAUGCAGUGCGUCGCAACAGCCUGGGCAGUGAUUGCAUGGACAUAGAUGACAGCUUGAAUGGACCGGAGGAUAGCAGGGAUCAAGCAGAGGAACAGGAGCACUCUGUAGAGCAAGCAGAGCCUUCACAGGAAAACCCUCAGCUUGCCGAACCGCUUCCCCUUGAGCCACUGCCUUCCGCCGAUGGCAUUAUGGUGGCCGGAGCAGACACGCACACGGUGGACCUUCAAUUGGAUCGUCCCCUUGACCGAUUUUCCAUGGUUGACUUCGUACGUCUCUGCUUGAAAUCCGUGUACUCCGUUUGCCUGUACUGCAAUCAUGCCCGCAGGAUCGCGGUGAAUGGAAAGCAGCUGGUGCUUCAUAUAAUCAGUCAGCACAGGUUCACGGCCACCGUGGACAGCAUCACGGCAGAGGAGCUGCACGCGGAGACGAUUGUGGCCAGGCUGAAGAGUUUUCUGCCCCAUCUAGAGAACGAGUACAUGAAUGCGGCCAGUUGUUGCAGCCUGGAAGACGGAAAGUAUGCAGAGCCGUUCAACGAGCGAAUCUACGAGUGCUUCACCUGCCGCUUCGUGACCUCCACGCACAAGGAGCUGUACACGCACAACAGAAGGCUGCACAUCAAGUCGAACAUAACGUGCGUCAUGUGCCAGACGAACUUCUACAGCUACAGUGAGAUUCUGUGUCACAUUUGUCCCGGCGAAGUGGCUGGCAGUAUAUACGAUCUACAGUUCCGUUGCUGCCUGUGCGAAAUGGCUCCACUGCCCUCCGCCUUCCGGCUGAUGGUGCACCUGAGGAAACAGCAUCAAGCCUGCGACAUCUGCCUGGAGGAUUGCCAGUCGCAGGCAAAGCUCUCGUCGCACGUGUGGAAGCACAAGCUGCUGCAUUUGUGCUAUCGCUGCGGCAUUGCCUAUCGCAACAAGCAGGACAUCUCGAAGCAUCUGUUCUGGAAGCACGGAACCGAGAGUGCCAGCUGCAAGCAGUGCCUGCAGAAGCGCUGGCGCCACGUCUACCACUUUUGUGUGCCGCCCGCGCAGUUCCCCUGCGAACAGUGCGGCUUUGUCUUCAGCAAGGCCAUCUACCUGGAGGUGCAUCAGAGGAUGCACGCGGGCGAUUUUCGCUACGCCUGCACGGAGGAGAAUUGCGAGGAGAAGUUUGUGUCGCGCAAGCUUCUGCUGAAGCACGCCAGCAGUCAUGUGGUGAAGGAAUUGCUUCCAGCAGCUCCCGAGGAGCAGACAAAUGAUGAAGCUGCUGGCGAAAAGCUGGACGAGAUCAAGAAGGAAGCAGAGGAAGGGGGGGAGGAAACAAAAGAUGGAGUACAAAAUGGGGAGAAACUCUUGCCGGAAACCAAUAAAGAGUCUGCCAAGAAGGAGGAAUCGGAGGAGACUACUGCAAAAGAGCCGAAGAAGCGUCGCAAAAAGUCCAAGCGCAACAAGGAAUCCCUAGAGGACCUCAAUCUCAUUGCACCCAAUCUUUCCGAGUCGGAUAGCAGUGAUGACAGCGAUUCCGAUGCACCGAGAAGCAGCCACCAGGAGCAGCCAGUGCUGCCGAUGCGAUCUUCUGUGGAUGACCUGGGCAUGCCCAAGGUGAUGCUGUCCCCGUCCUCGGAGAGUGAUGCCGACGAACUGGAGGGCAAGCCCAAGCUGCAGGAUAAGGAAAAGCCUUCAAAAGAAGAAAGCGAGUUAAAAGCGGAUGAAGAAACGGAGCCCAAGAAGGAGGAAGAGCAAGUGGAUGUCUCGAUUUGGAAGAACCUGCUCCAAAAUCAGGAAGAUCAGGCGGUUAAGGAGGAAGAAAGGGAAGUGGUCAACCAGCCGCCUGCCAAGCUCCACGUUGCCUGGUCCGAUCACGAUUACUGCAAGUUGCAUCGCACUCCGCCACCCUCGCCGGUGAAACAAAAGACCACUGGCAAGUCAUCUACGAAAACACCUGGUCAGAAUGCCUCGAGCGAUAGCGACAGUUCCAGCAGCUCCAGCUCCUCGGACUCGGAUUCCUCAAGCUGUUCCUGCGGCUCCAACUGCAGCUGCAGUUCCAGCAACAGCAGCAGUUCCAGCGACGAUUCCGACGACUCCGACAGCUCCAAUGCUCGCGGAUCACCGCAGAAACGUUCUCGCAAGAAGUCUUUAAAACUUAAGAAGAGCUCGGAUUCACUCAAGAACGGAAAGGAAAAUGAAAGGAAUGAGGAUCAGGAGAACGUUAGUGAAACAGCUGCCGUGAAUGAGAAUCCUGCUGCUCCACCUUCGCCCAAACCGCCCAUGUACAACGAAUCGGAUUUCGAUACGGCUUUCUCGGAUACCGAUGAGGAGUUCUACGACUCGCAUCCCCAGAAGCUGGCCAAUGAACUGCUGGCUCAGAAGCGCGAGGCUCUAAUGGCCGAGCAUGCACCACUGCGUCCGAGCAACAACUACGAUAUUGUGGAGAACAGUCGACCUUCGACGCCGUCGCUGCCCGAGGAGGCGUCCGCUUUUGCCGACAAGCGGGAGAGGGUGAGAAACAAGAAGAAGAAACGGGAACGAAAGUCUACGUGCAAGUCGGGCAAGCUGCCGCCGAUGGCCAGUACUCCAUUGGUCGGAAUGUCUGGGAUGAUGGCGCCACUGGAGCCACCGACUCCUAUUCAGCCCCUCCUGGACUCCUCGCUAUUUCCCGUCACCCCGCUAACCCAUCGCCAUUUGCCAUCCUCGAUGACCAGAAUGAGCGAAGGUAGCAGCUGCUCCGAUGCCGAUGGCCAGUUGAAGCGCUCGAAACGCCAGCGGAGACCCAACAAGUUCUACGGUUACACGAGCGACGAUGAGAAUAUGAGCGCCAUUCUGGCGCCACCUCUCCAGGUGGGAAUGCAGCUCAUCAAGCCGCAGCCGCCACCACAGUUGACCUGGGCCAAGGAGGAUCUGCCCACGCCGCCCAAGCAGCGCAACAGGAAUAACAAUAACAGCAGUCACCACCAUCACUCGCACAGCAAUGGUGGCUCUGGUGGAUUGGGCGGUUCGUCGCGGAAGAGGAGCAAGCAGCAAGCAUCUCGCUCGGCCAAGCGUCAUAAGCCCGAUCGCGAGGAUCACUUGCCACCCAUUCCCACGCUCAAGAUUCGGCCCAGCCUGCUGCCCGCCACAGCUCCGCCGACGGACAGCAGCGAGAGCAGUUCCGAGGAUGAGGAAGCCGAGAUUAAUGUUACCAGCUUGGUGGCGGCUCCGCAAGCAGCGCCGCCUACUCCAGCUCCCCCAGUUCCUCCUCCGGUGGUUCUGCCUGUGCAACCACCACCUCCACCGCCGCCCGCAGCCACUGCUUUCAAUCAGCCCAUUCCACCCGCCCUGCUGCCCAAUCCCGGAUUCGCCACGCUGCAGUACUUCAAGGCCAACAACAUCAGGUAUCCCAUUCGACCGCCGGCGGGAGCGCGUCUCGCUCGCGAGGGAGAAUCGGUGUACUGCUACUGCCGCUGUCCCUACGACGAGGUCUCCGAGAUGAUCGCCUGCGACGGGGACAACUGCCUGAUCGAGUGGUUCCACUUUGAGUGCGUGGGCAUCAUGGUGGCGCCGCAGGGCAAGUGGUUCUGCGCCGAGUGCAGACCCAAGUACUCGGAGGGAAUCUAUCAGGGCGCCAAGCCGCAAUAA